AUAAAAGACGUCCAUAGAACUCCCUAGCCCUCUUCUUAUCUUUCAAAAUUUGUAACAUAAUAAAACAAAACAAUCAUGUCGGCCAAGGACUGCGGCCACCACGACGAGGAUCGGAAAAAGUUCUACCGCCGCCUCUUGGCCACUUUUCUCGUAUUCAUAAUCCUCAUCCUCUUUAUCAUCCUCCUCAUCUGGCUUAUCCUCCGACCCACAAAACCGCAUUUCAUCCUCCAAGACGCCACCAUCUAUGCCUUUAACAUCUCGACUCCAAGCUCCCUCACUUCCAACAUCCAAAUCACCAUUUCUUCGCGAAACCCUAAUGACAGAAUCGGCAUAUACUAUGAUAAAGUCGAUGUAUAUGCCUCGUACCAUGGCCAACAAAUAACCCUACCAACAUCGCUUCCUGCUACAUACCAAGGACACAAAGACAUCACAGUUUGGUCACCAUUUCUGUACGGAAAUGCAGUUCCCAUUGCACCAUUUCUGACCGUUGCUUUGAAUCAAGAUCAGCUUGCAGGGACGGUGUUAAUCAACAUUAGGGUUGAUGGACGUAUCAGAUGGAAAGUUGGGUCUUUCAUUUCUGGGAGAUACCGUUUGUAUGUAAAUUGUCCUGCUUAUAUAAAUUUUGGUAACAAAAAUAGCGGCAUUGCUGUUGGAUCAGCUAUUAAGUAUCAACUGGUGAUGGACUGCCAUGUUGAUGUUUGAUGAUAUUGGAGUGUCGCCCGGUGAAAUAGCCAUGUCUAUGAAGACACUUGCACGAGGAUAUAUAGAAGACCCUGUGAAACUUCACAGUUUGCUUCUCCUUUUUUUUUUUUUUUUUUUUGCUGUUUUUUUUGUAGUUUUCAAUGUUUUAUUAUGGUCUAUUACUUGAUUUUCUAGUUUAAGACACUAUGUAGUAAUGUAUUAUGGUGUUGAGAAAGGUGCAAGUUGCCAAGAAUAUACAUAACAUUAUAGUAUGAUAUAAGUCGAGCUUGAAUUA